CGAUGUGUGGACGCGUGUUGUGUCUGAUUUUAUUUAUAAAAAUAUCGUACGCUCAAAUGCCCGAUGUGAAAAUACAAGCUUUUCGCCCGAAAGGACUUCGAAUAUCCGUUCAAGAUGUCCCCAAAAUGACACUGUUCGCGUUCCAAGGCAACUUGAACCAUAAACUGGAUAGCACCAGCGUCGGGACACUGAGUGCAGAGGUACUGGAUCCAGUCAACGGCCGAUGGGUGUACGAAGAGCCCGACCUUAAACUAAAAGUCAAGGACGUCGUCUAUUAUAACGCGGUCUUCUCAAUCAACAAGAAAUUAUACGAGAAAACAAACCAACAGUUCACCAUAACAGAGCUAGAAGAUCCUAAUGCAAGCACAGAUUCUCAGAAACCAGAAUGUAAGCCAACAAAGACGAGAGUGCGAGGCGGCAAAGCGUGUGCCGGACAGACAAUAUUCGAGGAGCAAUUUGAUUCCCUGGACGAAAACGUUUGGCAAAUCGAGCAGUAUAUACCGAUUUAUCACCCCGAAUACCCCUUCGUAUCCUACCAGCGUAAUAAUUUAACAGUAUCUACCGCAGAUGGAAACCUACAUAUUAACGCCAAACUUCAACAACAUAUGCCCGGCUUUCUGGACGACUCUAUAUAUUCUGGCACACUUAAUUUGUUCAGUGGGUGUACUUCGUCAGCAGAAGCAUGCAUCAAACAGGCUUCCGGUGCUGAUAUUCUACCACCAAUCGUCAGCGGCAGAAUCACAUCAAUAGGAUUCGCAUUUACGUACGGAACGGUCGAGAUCAGAGCGAAAUUACCGCAAGGAGACUGGCUGUAUCCGGAAAUUCUAUUGGAGCCGUUCUUAAAGAAGUAUGGAAGUAUGAAUUAUGCGUCCGGCGUAGUGAAGAUAGCGUGCGCGCGCGGUAAUGCAGAACUGUAUUCCGGACCUAAUGACUACAGCAAUACGGUUUUGUACGGAGGACCGAUCAUGGAUCUGGAGUGCCGCGAGAACUUUCUCUCCACAAAAAGACGCAGAGACGGCACGUCGUGGGGCGACAGUUUUCAUACAUAUUCCGUUCAAUGGACACCUGAUUUCAUAGCCCUGUCUGUGGACGGCGAGGAGUGGGCGCGAGUGGAGGCGCCACGGGACGCCCUGCCGGCUGUCUGCGCGCACGCCCCGCGGCACCUGCUGCAGGCCGGCUCGCAGAUGGCGCCAUUCGAUGACCACUUCUACAUAACGCUAGGCGUGGCGGCAGGAGGCAUAACGGAGUUCCGCGACGGGUCUAUAACCUCCGGGGGAGUCACCAAGCCCUGGAGAGACAGCGCUCGGAAGGCAUCCGUACAUUUCUGGCGGCACAUGUCCGAUUGGUUCCCACGGUGGAGUCAGCCAACUUUAAUCGUGGACUUUGUCAAAGUUAUCGCCUUAUGAUCUAGUCGUUUAGAUUUUGUAUAAUUAAGUUAUUAGUAUAGUUUCUGCAGGCAAAAUUAAUUGCAUUCUGAGUUUUUUUUGUCAAACUACAAUUUAAAAUUUAAUUCCUAAAAGAUCUCUCUUCUCUCUAAAUCUGUAAUUUAGCUAAUUUUAUUUGUAUCAUUUUCUUUGUUAAAUUUUGAAAGAGCGGCGAAUGACUAGAAGAUGUGAUCUGCGAAAAUAAAACUAAGUGACAUGCAUGCAAAGGCAUACACACAACAGAGUUUUGCAUUAUUAUUACCUUUCUUGAGCGAGAUGAGGACUACUGACGUGACCUGGAGUGAUAUUUUGGAGCAAGCCUAAGACAGGGUUAAGUGGAGACAGCUCUAAGGCCCCUAUGUACCGGCGGGGUGUCUUAGGGCUGCAAUAACAACAUUACCUUUCUUAACCAAACAGCGAUAUUAUCUGUAAUAUUAUAGUUAGAAAGCCUGCAUCUUAUACUCUUAUUGACACACGUACCUGGAUGAUUUUAACGAUGAAGAAAUAACAUCGUGUAAAAAAUUUAGCUGGAAAAGAUUUUGAGGAAUCAAGAAAUACCCUAUGAACCAGCACAGGUACGUGUCACCACUCUGGCUAAUUCUGCCACGUUGCGGUUGGUUUGAAGUUUGAGACAACCUUUGCACGAUACAAUUGAGACUAAGACCUCAUGGCUCGGAGUGAGUGGAGUCAUUCAAGUUGCGACUGGCUCCAGUAACCACUUAUAACCAGGUAGAUCGUGAGCCUAUCAGCUCAUUUAGAGCAACAAAAAACAAAAUAAUGUACUCUUGAAAAAAUCAUUUUAGUAAAAGACCA